CUUUGAACUUCACACACAAACACUGAUGGCGUGAACAAGAGGCGAAACCAGAAGAGAAACAGGUCUGCAGUGAAAACCUGACGUGGAAACCAGUGUGACAGUCACAUGGAACCGUCGCUCUCCUUCCGCACUUUGACGCAGCUCAGCCUUUGCGGCGUUUGAGGACCGCAUCUGUUAUUGUUGUGACCACAACCCAAAAUGUCCCUCCGGUACCUAAACAAAGUUGUUAUUGUCACUGGAGGAUCCAAGGGAAUUGGCAGAGGGAUUGUCAGAGUAUUUGUGGAGAAUGGUGCCAAAGUGGUGUUUUGUGCAAGAGGAGCUGCAGCAGGUGAGGCUCUGGAGGCAGAGCUGAACAAAGCAGGUCCAGGUUCCUGCAAGUUCGUCUCAUGUGACAUGUCUGAGGAGGAGGACAUCAAGAGGUUGGUUGCAGUGACAGUGGAGCAUUAUGGACACAUAGACUGUCUGGUUAACAAUGCAGGAUGGCAUCCUCCUCAUAAACCUACUGAUGACACCACAGCAAAAGAGUUCAGAGAUCUGCUGAACCUGAACCUCAUCAGCUACUUCUUGGCUUCAAAAUUUGCAUUACCGUACCUUCGACAGCGCCAGGGGAACAUCAUUAACGUCUCCAGUCUGGUGGGCACCAUCGGUCAGAAGGAUGCUGCACCUUAUGUCGCCACCAAGGGGGCGAUCAUUUCCAUGACAAAGGCGAUGGCUGUGGAUGAGAGUCGCUACAAUGUGAGAGUGAAUUGCAUUUCUCCAGGUAAUGUGCUGACACCUCUGUGGGAGGAAUUAGCAGCUCAGACCCCAGAUGCUGCUGCAGCCAUAAAAAUGGGAGAAAAUUAUCAGCUGACGGGUCGUAUGGGGACUGAGGCGGAGUGCGGACUGGCUGCUUUAUAUUUGGCUGCAGAUGCAACCUUCUGCACUGGGAUAGAUCUGCUGCUGAGCGGAGGAGCCGAACUCAACUAUGGAGUCAAGAGUCAGAUCUCAUCCUAAGUGUCUCCCUGUGUUGGAAUGAGACAGUUUAACACAUUAAUAAGCGUGAUACAAAUAUAUACUAAAUAUGUGUUCUUACUUUUAUGAUUUAUGCACCAUUAAUUACCCAUUGGUAUUUAAGGUAGAUCUGUAACACGACCUGUGCCCCUCCCCACUGAUCGUCCAAUCAGCAUCAACUUCCGUGACCUGUAGUAACCUCCCGUUUUGUGCCAAAUGCUGUUGACCAAUCACACGUUACGUUUCUGUCACGCCUACGUAGAACGUCCUUGAAUGAGACGUUGCUGAAUAAUAAAUGUAGUCAUUAAAACAGGAUAUUUGUAUAAUUAAAUGCACGCUGUGGUGAUA